AUGGACAUUUUAAAAGCAGAAAUAGCAAAGAAAAGAAAACUUCUCGAAGAGAAAAACAUAAUUGACCCAAACAAACCUAGGAAGUAUUUCAAAAGAGGCGAACUCUUAGCUAAAGAGCAAGAGGAAUACUUUAAGAAAUAUGGGUCGCAUAAUAAUCAAGAUGAAACAGAGAAUACGGAAGCCAGUUCUGACAAAGCCAACAAACUAGAGUCAUCAGAAACAGAGUCAGAAAGCGCUGCACUGCCUAGAACGGAAGUAAUAAAGAGAUUGAGGGAAAGAGGACAUCCUAUAUUGCUGUAUGGUGAGAGUGAGGUACAGGCCUUUAAGAGGUUGAGAAGAAUUGAAAUACAAGAGCCGGAAGCAAAUAGGGGUUUUAGAAACGACUUCCAAGAAGCUAUGGACAAAGUAGAUCAAGCUUAUCUUAAUGAAAUAUUAGCUUUAGGCACACAGAGUGAAACAGACAAUUCAUUGAAAGAAGAUGCAUUGGAUGACUCUAUAACAUAUGAAUUCAUACAAGAAAUGGCCAAAACCAUGGGUCGUGGAGACAGGAAUCAUGAUAUGAAUGUUAUCAUGACUUUGUUACAGGUAAAGUUAUUUUUUAAACUAUGGUAA